AUGAGUCUCGAUACAAGCAAGUUUGUGCAGCGUCACAGCCAUUCGCAUACAAGUGGAAGCACUGACAUUUCCGCUGCGCUCAACAGUGGUGCGUGGUGGGCCCAAUGGAACCCAUACGAAGUUACCAUUUGGAAUGAUACCGUGCCAAACUCAUGGAAAAAGUGUGCUAUGGACCAUGUGUACUUUGGCGAGAAUGAGUACAGCGGUAGCUUGAAGGCCCGUAUUUCUUCCAUUUUUGUGGUUUUCAUUGUGAGCUCGUCGUUCACUCUCCUACCAUUGAUCUUGACCAAAGUGGACGGACUUCACGUUCCUAGAGCAGCUUACCUUUUUGCGCGUUAUUUUGGUACCGGUGUCAUUGUGGCCACUGCUUUCAUUCACUUGAUGGAGCACUCUUAUUCCUCUAUCGGUAGUAACAGUUGUGUGGGUAUGAGCGGCCGCUGGUCAGAAUACACAUGGUGCUCGGGUAUCGUUUUGUUUACUAUCUUUACGAUUUUCUUGGUUGACCUACUGGGUGAUGUUUUCAUUGAAAGACAUUAUGGUGUUUCCCACUCGGCGGAGGAAGAUCACAUUGAAGCCGCCAUCACAGCCAACAACAAGAACAAGGAAGAAGCUGAUGGUGCUAGUGAGCCUUUUUCUAACGAUGUGGAGUCCAGCUUGCAAAAAAACGAAAAGGCGGGUUCUGACAACUACGAAACCGAAAGCAGCGAUGUGGUUUCCGGUGUCAGUGACGAAGUCAUUAUCGAAUCUUUUAGGAGCCAGCUUGGCGCGUUUCUUGUCAUGGAAUUUGGUAUCAUUUUCCAUUCUGUCAUGAUCGGCUUGGAGCUGGGAACUACAGGUAGCGAGUUUUCGGUUCUCUACCCUGUUAUCGUAUUCCACCAGUCGUUUGAGGGACUUGGUCUGGGUGCCAGAUUAAUCUCGAUUUCUUUCCCUAAAAGCAAAAGAUGGCUGCCAUUUUUGCUGUGUAUGUGCUACGGAUGUACCACUCCUAUUGCUAUGGCUAUUGGUCUUGGUGUCCGUAACAAGUACAUGGCGCAUUCUUUCAACAUGAGUAUUAUCUCUGGUGUUUUGGAUGCCAUCUCUGCGGGCAUUCUGAUCUAUACUGGGUUGGUGGAGCUUUUGGCCCGUGACUUCAUUUUCAAUUCAAAGCGUACUAAGGAUCUACGAAAGCUGACCUACAUGGUAGUAUGUACUGGAGCCGGUGCCGGUUUGAUGGCCUUCUUGGGGAAAUGGGCAUAA